GAUGCCGCAUGGCACGCGCAUCUUUGAUACUUGACGAGGUCACAAUUAUAGCAACUCUUUCGUUCCGUUUAUGCAUGGCUUGAUCUACCGGGCACGAGUUGGCCGCGUCUGAGGGCGAGAGAUGCGUGACGUUCCUUCAAAAUGGCAGCGAAUUCAGGGCCGGCAUUUGUCGCGCAUUCAAGCGAUGUCAGGCUCUUGUCAAACAUUCUUAGGCCCAUAGCACACAGCAGCCAUGUCCUCGUCACAAUCUCGGACACUGGCAUCGAGUUUCUCACGACGUCCGAUCGCUCCUUCCAAGCUCAUGCAUACAUCAAACGCAUUCUUUUCCCCAAGUGGCAAUGUCGCAAGGAUCCGACGGCGGUAGAUGAGUCUCCGAUGAACACCACCUCCCCAGGUGAUCAAGACGCCAUCAUAUCGCAUGUCUUCGAAAUCAGCCUCAAAACUCUGCUCGAAUGCCUUGAUAUCUUUGGAGGCGCCCCCGCUGCCAGAAACAUUGCUGACACGGACUGGAUGGACGGCCGUCCGGAGCGCGAUCGGACUGGCGGCGGGGGCGACGUGCUACUUGACAAGCGCAAGGGCGCCAAAACGGCUAUGAUGCUCCGGUACACAGGCAAGGGAGACCCGCUUGUCGUGAUGCUGGAGGAUAAUGAUGUAGUGACGAGCUGCGAACUCGCAACGCUGGAACCGGAUGACACGUCCGCACUAGGCAUGGACCACCGUGACAUGCGAGCGCAGAUCAUCAUGCAAGCCGAGUGGAUCACGGUCGUCCUGCAGAGCUUCCACGCGACCUGUUCGCGCAUUAUUUUCUCUUUUACCCCAAGUAAAGCCGGGCGGCGCGGUUUCCUGCGCAUUUUUGGCGAUACGGAUGCCGGCAGCGUAGACGCCACGCUGCCAGGGGACGGCAAAGCGGUGGCCAAGUUCAUCUGCGAGCGCAAGGUUGAGUUUACAUACAGCUUCGAGCACGUCUCUCGCUCACUCAAAGGGCUCAGCUCGGCCAACAAGACGUCCGUACGCAUCGACGGACAAGGCUUGCUCAGCAUUCAGUGCCUCAUUCCGAUAAACUCGUCGCUCAUGGAGGAUGCCACGUGCGGUGGCCGAAACAAGAUUGAAGCGAGCCAUCUGCCCAUUGUCGAUUACCUUUGCUGUCCAUACGAAGAUUGAACGAAAGACAUAUCUGCAAUUUUCAAAAGCAUUAUACUUCAUUUCGUAGUUCUCGCAGAUACGCAUUGUCAUUCUCAGCUGAACGACUUAAGCCCGGCAUGGUUCUUCAAUUGACAGUAGACGACGAUAUGCUUGUGUAUGUACGCGUAUACAUGUAGAGUUCAGAUGCGCAAGGUGUGCGUGGGAGGUAAGAUCAUAAUCUACCUGUG